UGCACCGCCUUCGAUCUCUUCUUCUUCUUCUUCUUCUUCUUCUUCUUUUUUCUCCUUAAUUUAUUAUAAAUAUUCAUGGUUUUCGAGUCAAGAUCCUCAGUUGCCGCACUUGUUUGACUCCUCUGCUCCGCUCUGCUCCCAGAUUAAUCGGAACAGACAACUGAAAUCAGUCCAAGCACGGCACUCAUCUUCGUGAUCUUGCGUUUCUUUUAAGUUACCGGAGAUUGACAGGAGACAGCAUUCGAGCGAUCGAGCGAUCUUGUCUCCAUUUGCCGUGUUCUGUUUCUCCUUUUGCUAGCUACUCGAUUUUCUUCCUUCUUUCCUUCCUUCCUCUUCUGCAGCUUCUCUGAAGGUGGUGGUGGUGGUGCAGUCGCUCCGAUGGCGCAGAAAGAAGUCGCCGGAAGAGGAGAGCAAGCAGCUCUCUCAGUCUCCAUAAGCAUGCCGUCGUCUCCCUCUGGGGCUGCCUUCUCUGCUGCGAUGAAGCUGCCGGAGCAGGACCCGAAACAGGGGAAGUCGUUCCGUUCGCAGCCCGUGACGGCGCGCGCCGCCGAACAGUGCGGGCACAGAGACAAACGCUUUGAUCCGUUCAAGACUUGGUCCGGCAGACUGGAGAGGCAGCUCUCCAACCUGAGAGGGAAGCCGCAAGAUCUGGAUUGUGGCGGCGGCGGUGAGGAUCAGGACGGUGAGGCUGUGCCAGCCGUGGAUCGAUACUUCGACGCGCUCGAGGGUCCGGAGCUGGAGACGCUGAGAGUGUCGGAGGUGUCGAUUCUGCCGGAGGACGAGACAUGGCCGUUCCUGCUCCGGUUCCCCAUUUCCUCGUUCGGGAUCUGCCUCGGCGUGAGCAGCCAAGCCAUCCUGUGGAAGAUGCUGGCCGACUCCCCGUCCGCCGGCUACCUCCACGUGACUCCGAUCGUCAACCUCGCGCUCUGGUCCGCUUCCAUCGCCAUGACGGCGAUCGUCUCCUGCAUCUACCUCGCCAAGGUGGUGCUCUACUUCGAGGCCGUCCGGCGGGAGUACCACCACCCGGUGCGCGUCAACUUCUUCUUCGCGCCAUGGAUCACCGGGCUGUUCCUGGUGCUGGGCGCACCGGACUCGCUGGCGGCCGGCCGCCCGCCGGUGGCCGUGUGGUUCGUGCUGAUGGCGCCCAUCCUCUGCCUAGAGCUGAAGCUCUACGGGCAGUGGAUGUCUGGCGGGCAGCGGCGGCUGUCGAAGGUGGCGAACCCGUCGAACCACCUGGCGAUCGUCGGGAACUUCGUGGGGGCGCUGGCCGGCGCGUCGUUGGGGAUGGAGGAGGCGCCGAUGUUCUUCUUCGCCGUGGGGCUGGCCCACUACCUGGUGCUCUUCGUGACGCUGUACCAGCGGCUGCCGACCAACGAGACGUUGCCCAAGGAGCUGCACCCGGUCUUCUUCCUCUUCGUGGCGGCGACGAGCACAGCCUGCGUCGCCUGGGCGAGAAUCAACGGCGAGUUCGACUACGCCGCCAGGAUCCCCUACUUCAUGGCCAUGUUCCUCUACGUCUCUCUCGCAGUCAGAAUCAACUUCUUCCGGGGAUUUAGGUUCUCACUUGCUUGGUGGGCUUAUACGUUUCCAACGACUGCCUUCUCGAUCGCUACUAUCAAAUACUCGAUGGUUGUCACUAACCCGCUCACUCAAUCUCUCGUGGUCUUCUUCUCCGGCAUCUCCGCCUUCGCCGUGUGCGUCCUCUCCAUCUCCACCAUCUUUCAUGCCUUUAUCCUCCGCGACCUCUUCCCCAACGACAUCCCCAUCGCCAUCGCCAACAAACGGCGGCCCAAGUUGAGCAAGUUCAUCGUGCAUCUCCGGUCAAUCGGCUCGGACACUAAGGACACAGAACAAGCUCUAGAGGUUUGAAACACUGAUCACUGUACAAUUAUUUUCAAGGAUUGUAACUGCUUCUCGAGUGAAAAAGGAAAGACUGUGUGAUCUUGCUCU